ACACUCUUGAGUCUUGCCUUAUCACCAAAACUCCACUUCACGCUUUUGGUUCACUCACUGGACAGUGGACACUGAGUCACUGAAUCACACUUCCUCAGAUACAAAUCUCGAUAUAUGCAUUCAUGUUCACUGUUGUCUUGCCUUACGGUUACAACUACACCUGUUUCCCGUUCAAAUUGAACCGCUUAACUUCCCGAGCAGUGGUGGUUAGAGCGGCGGUUUCAUCCCCGGAGAAGCGAACCAGAAAGAAGAAGCAGUCGUCGAAGGAUGAUGACCACCGUGCACUCGAGAAUGGCCUCCGGUUCAGUUUCAUGGAGGAGCUUAUGGACCGGGCCAGGAACCGUGACUCGGCUGGCGUGUCCGAAGUCAUCUACGACAUGAUUGCGGCUGGUCUCAGCCCUGGUCCGAGGUCGUUUCAUGGUUUGGUAGUUUCUCACGCGCUCAACGGUGACGAACAAGCCGCGAUGGAUUCGCUUAGAAGAGAGUUGGGUGCAGGGCUUAGACCUGUUCAUGAGACAUUCGUGGCAUUGGUAAGGUUAUUUGGAUCUAAAGGGCGUGCCGAUAGAGGUCAAGAAAUACUUGGGGCAAUGGAAGAACUAAAUUAUGAUAUUCGCCAAGCUUGGUUGGUUCUUAUCGAGGAACUUAUUCGGAACAAGCAUUUGGAAAAUGCGAACCAAGUGUUCUUGAUGGGGGCCAAAGGUGGCUUGAGAGCUACUGAUGAGGUUUAUGAUAUUCUAAUUGAGCAAGAUUGCAAAGCUGGGGACCAUUCUAAUGCCUUGGAAAUUGCUUAUGAGAUGGAGGCAGCUGGCAGGAUGGCAACCACUUUUCAUUUCAAUUGCCUCCUCAGUGUGCAGGCUACUUGUGGAAUACCUGAAAUACCUUUUACAACAUUUGAGAACAUGGAAUAUGGAGAAGAUUAUAUGAAGCCUGAUGCAGACACAUACAAUUGGGUUAUUCAAGCAUAUACUAGAGCUGAGUCUUAUGACAGAGUACAAGAUGUUGCUGAGUUACUUGGCAUGAUGGUUGAAGAUCACAAGCGCAUACAGCCAAAUGUGAAGACCCAUGCGCUGUUAGUGGAGUGUUUUACCAAGUAUUGUGUAGUACGAGAAGCUAUUAGGCAUUUCCUUGCCCUUACAAAAUUUGAGGGCGGUAUAAAAGUUCUACAUAAUGAAGGGAAUUAUGGAGAUCCACUUUCUUUGUACCUUCGGGCUUUAUGUCGGGAAGGAAGGAUUGUUGAAAUGCUUGAAGCCUUAGAAGCUAUGGCCAAAGAAAACCAUCCAAUUCCCCCACGAGCAAUGAUCUUGAGCAGAAAAUACCGAACAUUAGUGAGCUCAUGGAUUGAACCUUUACAAGAGGAGGCUGAACUUGGCUAUGAGGUUGAUUACAUUGCUAGAUAUAUUACGGAGGGUGGCCUUACUGGAGAGCGCAAACGUUGGGUGCCUAGAAGAGGUAAAACACCUCUAGAUCCCGAUGUUGAUGGAUUUAUAUAUUCAAACCCAAUGGAGAUCUCCUUCAAACAAAGAUGCCUUGAGGAGUUGAAGUUGCACAAUAAAAAGCUUCUGAGGACCUUGCAGAAUGAAGGACUUUCAGCUUUAGGGGAUGGUGUAUCUGAAUCUGAUUAUAUUAGAGUGCAGGAGAGGCUAAAGAAAAUCAUAAAGGGGCCUGAUCAGAAUGUUUUAAAGCCUAAGGCUGCUAGUAAAAUGCUUGUGUCUGAAUUGAAGGAAGAACUAGAAGCCCAAGGUUUACCUACUGAUGGAACUAGAAAUGUUCUUUACCAGCGUGUACAGAAAGCAAGGAGAAUAAAUCGAUCUCGUGGUCGGCCUCUUUGGGUUCCUCCCAUUGAAGAGGAGGAAGAAGAGGUGGAUGAAGAGCUGGAUACAUUAAUUUCACGUAUACAGCUGCAGGAAGGAAAUACAGAGUUCUGGAAACGUCGCUUCUUAGGAGAAGGCUUGAGUAGUGAUCAUGGAAAGCAAAUGGAUGCUGGUAAAUCAGAGUCCCCUGAAGUUCCAGAUGAUGUUGACGCUGUAGAAGAUGCUGCAAAAGAGGUUGAAGAUGAUGAUGUAGAUGAAGAUGAUGAUGAUGAGGAAGCAGAUGCAGAACCGGCAGAAGAGGAAGUAGAAUCAGCAGAGAACCAAGAUGUAGAAAGGGUAAAGGACAAGGAAGUUGAAGAUAAAAAGCCCCUUCAAAUGAUUGGAGUCCAGUUGUUGAAAGAUUCUGACCAACCUACUUCCAGAUCUAAAAAAUCUAGAAGAAAAGCUCGAUUGCAGGUUCAGAACGAUGAUGACGAUGAUUGGUUUCCUCUGGACCUAUUUGAGGCAUUUAAGGAAAUGAGGAAGCGGAAAGUGUUUGAUGUAUCAGACAUGUAUACCUUAGCAGAUGCUUGGGGAUGGACAUGGGAGAGAGAACUGAUGAACAAACCUCCUCGAAAGUGGUCACAGGAAUGGGAAGUUGAGUUGGCAAUCAAAGUUAUUCAAAAGGUCAUAGAAUUGGGAGGGUCACCGACUAUAGGAGAUUGUGCCACGAUCUUGCGUGCAGCUAUAAGGGCACCUCUACCUUCAGCUUUCUUGACAAUUUUGCAGACAACUCAUGGCCUUGGUUAUAAGUUUGGGAGACCACUUUAUGAAGAGAUCAUCUCUCUCUGCCUUGAUCUUGGGGAAUUAGAUGCGGCUGUUGCUGUAGUUGCAGACUUGGAGACAAUGGGGAUCUUGGUUUCAGAUGAGACUCUGGAUGGGGUGAUUUCUGCCAAACAAAGGAUUGACAAUACUUCCAACGGUGACAUUAUAGAUGUUUGACUGUAAAACUAUACCUUCAUGUUGUUCUGUUUUGCACCGGAAGAGCUAGCGGUUGUGACUUAAUAUAUCAUCGUUGCACUAUUGUGCAAAUUUUUGAGAUGAGCCUAAUGUAUAGUAUCAGGCCUUGAAUUAUUAUUAAGUUUGUAGAAUUGUCGUACUGUUUGUUCUCCUCUCCCUAGUCUUUAGGUAUUCUUUUACUCCAAUCCACCACAAUCUAUAUUACAAAAGCUUGCUUGCGAGUUUCUUAGAUUUAAAACAACUAAGGUAAUGGAUUUAAUGUUUUGAACAGGGUGGUCUAAAAUUGAAGCGACUGAAGGCCCCCACUGUUGCAGCGACAAUGCUUUUUCGUUCUUUUAACACGAAAUCAAUGCUGUAUACCGACCAAUAACUCGGGAUUUCGUGGUGGAUAAUUAUGCGAUGUUAAUACCUGAUCCACUUCAUUGGCUGAUUAGUAGCUUUCGUGUUACAUAUUCAAAAAUUUCUUGAUAACAUUUAUUAAAGAAACUAGUGGUUAGAAAAAUAUAAAACCAUUGAGGAACCUUUAUUUACAAGUUUGAGUUGUUAGGUUGAAUUGAUUUUUUAUAUAGUAUUAGGGCUUUAGUAAUGAUGAAAUUUGAACAUUUAGAUGAGAUGUUAGAACUUUUUUUUUUCUAGUAGGCAGAACUUUUAUGAGAUGAUUUUAAUACACUCUCUCAAGCCAUAUCUUAACAUAUAUUACACAUAUACUCAUCAAGUAAUAGUUAACAUAUUCAUUCCUCAGUCAUAACUUUUUAUCAUUUUCUCAAUCUCUGUCUUUACUUCCUCUUAAAUCUGCUCGAUACCUUAGACCCCGAAAUUUAUAACUGUAUUGUUCUCUUGUCAAGCAUUGCUAAGUGGCAGAUCAAAAUCGUCAGCCUUGUCAAUCAUGUAGGAAUAUCUUUACAUGCUUCGGUGUGAAAAAAGAAGAGGUGACUUAACUAUGCUCUCUGCCACUCUUGAUGGGUACCCUCAAUUAUCGAAUUUGGAACAGUGGUUCAUGCGUCCCACUCAGGCAUACUGGAUCACCCGUUACAAACGCAAACAGUUUUUGCUUGUACUGUUUUUCACCUUUCUUCCACCUCCUCAACGUGAUUGUACAGCACAGCAGCCACUAACAAACAGGUACCCGAACGUACCUCAUAUGAAGGAAGUGGAGUCAAUAUAGGCUCGUAAAUGUGACAUAUCGCAAGAAGGGCAACACGGUGUGUCAGCUACCGGUUUGGGACGCUGCAGAAAAAUCAACGUUUAUCAAAACGUCAUCAUGAAUAACGUGUUCAGUUUGCAAAGAACACGUCAGUAUUAGUAACGUUUUCAUUCUCCUCAAAACGCCAGAAGACAUACCGUGUUUGAUGAUGUCAAAUUUUUGUGCUUUUUUCCUUCUGAAAACGUCACAACAGGUGCCGUUUCUAUUGGAUUUGACAACAAGAAAACGAGACUGUUGAAGACGACUCUUAAAACGGUAGGCACAACACCGUUUUCCAAACAAGACAAGGUCGUCCCCUCACAUCUGAACGCGGUAGUCAUUGCACCAUUUAUAGUAAACGGUAGCUUGCCCAGCGUGUUCCAAGUAGGACAAGUCUCUCCACUGACACCUGAACGCGUCAGUCAGUGCACCACUUUCAGUAAACUAUAGCUCACCCAGCGUUUUGUAUAGAGGACAAGCCCUUCUACGGAUAUCUGAAAUUGGUACCUGGCAUAACGUGUUUGUAAUCAGAUUCCUUUUCCACACAAGACAACGCACAUUUCGCAACCGUACUUUAUUUUUGUAAAAUUUUAUGGCUUUUAUGUAGCUAUAUAUAUACUCGUAUUGUUUAGUUAAUGUCACUUGUGCUUCUCUCCCUUGUGCUCCUCUUCCUUGUGUUCCUCUCUCACAUAAAAUUGGCUGGGGUGUUGUCAUGUGGUUU